AUGGAACCCCUCAACAAGGCCCAUAUUUCAAACUAUGUAGUUCUCUUAACAGAAAAGGGCCCAAGUAUAGCGACAUCUGUCAUCUCUCCAUCCGAUCAAGUGGAACUUGGGCUUGACAAGCUGGGGGAAGAUGCGGAUGCAAGAGUUGAAAUAUUUUGGAACUCUAAUAUAAAUCCUUUUGGAGUAGUGACUGGUGGCUCCCAAGGUGAUAACGAAAUCAUCAUCAAGCGCCUUGUUGCGUCUCACUUGCAGGCGUGGGAUGCUCAAGUUCUAAUGCAAUCUCCAUACCUCCAACCAUGCUCCCGUUCCGGGUUUUUGCUCCAUAUUUGCACCAGAAUCCGAUCCGCAGGUCUUUCUAUCGUAUUUGAUUCCUCUCCUGCUCCGGAGCCCGCUCAUUCGAGCCAUAGGCCACGUAACCCAUCAGAGGUAUUGGAGGUAUACUCUGAAGGCGGCUUAAACCCCCAGCUCCUUACUUUCAGAGAGAGCGACAUAAGAAUUCAACACCUUCUCGCGCUCCUGACGGCUUCUCCAGAUGCACCACCCAGUAGUCGCAUUCUGAACGCGAUUCGACAUAUCACAGGACGACUUACUUUCCCAUUUGACUUGCAACGAUUCAACGAGCUAGUGGAGGAUGAACGGUGGGACGAAGAGGGCCAAAACUACGCUGCCAGUCGUCAGACACUGUUGGGGCUCCUUGUCGAUGAGCCCGGAUCGGACUUGACCCAGAAGAAGAGAGAGCUCUUGGUCGACCUCACGGACCCGUGGCUAUCCGAACUCGCCCUUGAUUCCGUCCUCUUCACAAUGUUGAUCAGCAAAUUUAUCAAAUCAUCGCCUUUUAGGCGAAAAUUGAUUGUACUUAACAAUGCACACGAAUAUCUUCGGCCUCAGUCCAUCUUGGAGAAUACUUUGCAGCACGUCGCUGCUAAAGGUCUUUCUCGCGACGUUUCAAUCCUCGUCUCAACUUCUCAACCACAACUUCUCAGUGAAGCAAUCUGUAACUCUGUCGACUAUGCCAUUUGCUCGACUUCUGCGAGUGACUCCUGGCUCAGGUGGUUCAAAGAACAUAUUCAAGAAAACUGUACAAGCCAUGAUCUCUUUCCGAGUAACAUCUGUCUGGCUUCGAAGAGGAAGGGCAUGUACACUCCAGAAGGCAUAUUCCGGAACGAUUUAUCAACCCUCUACCUGCCAUUAUCAACACUCCGACAAUCAACACCUCCACCACGUCUACGACUCAAUGUCAAAGUCCAGCAAUCAAAGCGUCCAACAAACACUAUCGCUCCCCCAUUGGAUGAUUUUUUGUCGUCACCCGCAUUCUCUGAGCCACCGGCGGUGCAGUCUAGUCCGCCAUAUAAGGGCCUGUCGUUUGAGCUUAGCCUCGAGGCGGCUCGAUGGAGAGAAAUACCUAGGCUCCCGCCUACCUCUACUGCAAAUGAUGAGAAUAAGAUACGAAGUGCAGUUCGACCCACAGCAGAUGAGUAUCCCCCUGAGCUUCGGCCAUUGAUCGUAGCUAUCAUCAAACUCACCGAUGGAAUACCCGACCUCCGAGUCAGCUUGGAGUCUGUCCGAGCUCAUGCUUAUGGUAAGAAUGGGGAGACACAGACCCGGCCCAUUGGUAGCUCUGCUUUUAUCCGCCUCCUAAGCUCUGCACGUUCGCAAGGGUUUACUGAUCAGGGCGGAUCUGGAGCAACAAAAUGGAUAUCGCUUAAGAAGCUAGAUAGGCCCCUACCGGGAUCUACAAACAUCCCUGGUCAGGUCAAAAGUAACUAUUCUGAUCUUACUUCUGUCAUGAAAAAUCGACUCCGAGCUUCCGAUUUCCCUGUGGAACACCGUCCUCUUAUUUCCGCAAUCUUACGACUAACUUCGGGUAGAGCAAACGAGGUAGUUCGCGCGGCAGACGUCGUCGAAACAUUGCGGAGAUUCGAAAGCAUGCCAGACCUUACCGAGGAUGGAAUGCUCAUAAUGCUCCUUCAAGCCUCCAAAUCCAACCUCGUGCGACACUAUAUGGGUUCUGAUGGACUCUACAUGAUGCUAGAGGAGAAGAAGACGGUGGAUAGCAACAACUGA